AUGGCCAGCAAAUUUGUGCAGGCCAAGGGCCGAUACUUUUUCCUGAGCAACAGUGCGGCGGUGUACAGUCCCGGUGCGUCGUUACGCGGGACUGUAAGGGCUGUUCAGAGACCGCAAAUGGUUGGAUAUUUUUUCAACAAUACAGUUGCGGCAACAGUUGCAUCUACAAACCCCACAGCAGUAGCUCCUCUUAAACAACAACUGGGGGUCAAUCCAGGAGCCCUGAUUGCGAGGUUGAUGGGAAGACGACCAACAAACCCACAGAUGGGGAUAAUGGCUGAAAUCAACUAUAAUAGCCUUACGCAGGCGGGACCACGGCGCCAAAUUACCAUAAUGGAUACCAUUCGAGGGGCUUUAUAUCCUUCGGCGUGGAAGGCCCAUCAGCGCAGCUAUGCUACGUUUCGGGAUUUGGGGUAUCGUGGUGGAAGAAGUAGUGGAAGUGGAGGAAGCAGUCGAGGGUCUGGUGUUUUCCAAUAUCUGAAAGUUCCUCUGUUAUUUACGAUUGGCGUGUGUGCGUUUAAUGCAUUUGUAUUGCCGUAUAUGUUUCAGAUCCCCGGGAUGCGAGAGCUGGUGCGCCAUCCUCAGUGGAUAGUUUAUGGGUUGAUUGGAUUGAAUGUUGCUGUAUUUCUUGCAUGGAAGACACCGCGCAGUUUCGGACGCCAGUUGUACCGGUAUGGACUGUUACACAAGGAUGCCCAGUUUAAUAAAUGGCAGAUGAUUGGGUCUGCAUUUAGUCACCAAGAGUUUUGGCAUUUGGGUAUUAACAUGUUUGUUUUAUAUCAGUUUGGAGGACCUUUGUCACAAUGGGUUGGCAGCAAGAAUUUCCUAGAGAUGUAUUUGGAUAGUGCCGUUGUUGCAUCUCUUGGUUCUAUUGCUUUACCUGUUUUGUUGAACCGGUUUACACCUUGGAUUUUUGCAGCUGGUGCUAGUAACGUGCCUAGUUUAGGUGCUUCCGGAGCAAUUUUCUCCAUCUUUGGUACCUUUUCUUAUUUGGUCCCAUAUACAAGGCUAUCGCUGUUUUUUGUACCGCUGCCGAUUGGUGCGUGGUACGUGUUUUUGCUGACCAUGGGAUACAAUGGGUUGGGCAUCAAGUAUAACUGGGCGCGCACAGAUUAUGCGGGUCACUUUGCUGGAUGUGCAGCGGGUAUUGUAUUUGGAUACAUUUUCACAGAGAAGAUUCGUCGGCAGCGACAAGAGCAACAACGUCGUCUAGCGUCAUUCCGUGUAUUUUAG